AUGAAACCCCAUCAAGAACUCGCAUCCCUUGGAAGCAGCAGAAGCUUCAACAAUUUCAACUACAAAAGCGCAGGAAAGAAUAUCACCCCAUCGAACUUUACUACUUGCCUCUCGAUUCCUGCUGAAAACCCAGAAAUCUCUGAUAAACUCCUUCGAUCAAUCUCCUCUUCAUCGUCCCCACGUUCUGCAUUCCAAAGUUUCCACAGUGUUCGUUCCAGGUUCUCUUCCCUCCUCCGUUCCUUUAUCAAAAUGAUGGCUUUCCCCAAUAUCGUCCCAACUCGCCUCUCUCUGACACAUACCAUUGGCCGUAAAGUAAUGGGAACUCUCUUUGGCAACCGCCGGGGGCACUUCAGCUUCGCCGUCCAGGAUGAUCCUCGGUCUGAACCGGUUUUGCUACUGGAACUGGCCAUGUCUACCUCUAGUUUGGUCAAAGAAAUGUCGUCGGGUUUGCUCCGGAUUGCGCUCGAGUGCAAGAAGGUUCCAAGUCGAACCGGCAAGCUGUUGCACGAGCCUGUGUGGACCAUGUAUUGUAACGGGAGGAAGAACGGUUACGCGGUGGGGCGCACAUGCAAUGAGUCAUAUUGGCACGUGUUGAGCACCAUGCAAAGCGUGUCGGUGGGGGCCGGGGUUAUUCCGGCGGUAGAGGAUGCAGGGAAAGAUGGUGGGGGUGAAGGUGAGGUGUUGUAUAUGAGGGCUAAGUUUGAACGAGUGGUGGGGAAUCGUGAUUCAGAAGCGUUUUACAUGGUGAAUCUUGAUAGCAAUGUUGGCCCUGAACUCAGCAUUUUUCUUCUUAGAAUAUGAACAUA